UGGUUACCCAAAACAGUGAGGGCGUUCCGACGGCAGCGGCGUGGGUUCGCCAGAGUGACACAAUUAUAAUAACUUUGAGCUGGCGAUUGGGGGGAAGUUUGUGAUAUUACCAAAUAACGCCGUAUGGUAAAAACCCCGCAUUAGCAUUGCUCCAUGCAUCCUACGGUAUUAGCUAAUACAGCGUGUUUUGCAUAGAACAAUGUGAAAAGGAGGCUUUUGGAAGGAUCCUAUUUUCCGGAGUUGGCAUCAAUUCUUUUACGUUCUAAUCCUGGCAAAGGUGCUCAUCUUUGGUUCGUAAACGAUUUCGGUGGAGUUUCUCUACCGCUUUCCUGUUGCUUUUCCAUGAAAUCGUGCGGAGUGUCGCUCGCCGCUGCUGCCUGCGCUGCUGCUCGAAGUAUCGGCGCUGCUGGUGAUGAGGAAAAGAAAAUGGCGGCGGGAAAAGCGAGUGAAACCGAAGAGGACUUUCCGAAGCUAACGGCACAGGAGAGGGACAGUUUAGUCGCAAUCGACAGUUCACUAUUUGGAUUUCAGAGGCUUCAUGAAGAUGGCGCCAGAACGAAGGCCUUGCUGUUAAAGGCUGUUCGCUGCUACGAUUCUCUCAUCUUAAAAGCUGAAGGAAAGGUUGAUCCAGAGUUGUUUUGCCAGCUAGGUCACUUCAACCUCCUGUUAGAGGAUUACCCAAAAGCAUUAUCUGCAUACCAGAGGUACUACAGUUUACAGUCUGACUACUGGAAGAAUGCUGCCUUUUUAUAUGGCCUCGGUAUGGUUUACUUCCAUUACAACGCAUUUCAGUGGCCCACACAGCCCAGCUGCUCAGAGGCCCAUGCAGGACAGAGAAGGGCGAUAAAGGCCUUUCAGGAGGUGCUCUAUAUCGACCCAGGCUUCUCCAGGGCCAAGGAGAUCCACCUUCGCCUCGGCCUGAUGUUUAAAGUCAACACCGACUACGAGUCAAGCCUGAAGCAUUUUCAGCUGGCUUUGAUUGACUCGAACCCCUGCACUUUGUCCAAAGCUGAAAUCCAGUUCCACAUCGCUCAUUUGUAUGAAAUUCAGAAGAAGUACCGCGCUGCAAAAGAAGCGUACGAGAGUCUCUUGCAAGCGGAGAAUCUUCCUGCACAGGUGAAGGCCACAACCCUCCAACAACUGGGCUGGAUGCAUCACACUGUGGAGCAGCUGGGUGACAAGGCCAACAAGGACAGCUAUGCCAUCCAGUGUCUGCAGAAGUCCCUGGAGGCGGACCCCAACUCGGGACAGUCCUGGUACUUCCUGGGCAGGUGCUACUCCAGUAUCGGGAAGGUCCAGGACGCCUUCAUCUCUUACCGCCAGUCUAUUGACAAAUCAGAAGCCAGCGCAGACACAUGGUGCUCAAUAGGUGUGUUGUAUCAGCAGCAGAAUCAGCCCAUGGAUGCUCUGCAGGCCUACAUCUGUGCGGUGCAGCUGGACCACAGUCACGCGGCAGCCUGGAUGGACCUGGGCACGCUCUACGAGUCCUGUAACCAGCCGCAGGACGCCAUCAAGUGCUACAUUAACGCCACGCGCAGCAAGUCCUGCAGCAACAUCAACGCCCUGGCCGCGCGCAUUAAAUGCCUGCAGGCUCAGUUGUGUAACCUUCAGCAAGGUAGUCUCCCGAGUAAAAGUAAAAUGCUUCCUAGUAUUGAGGAGGCCUGGAGCCUGCCAAUCCCUGCGGAGCUAACCUCCAGACAGGGCUCCAUGAGCACCGCACAGCAGGCCUGCAAGCCCCAUCAGAACGCCGAGGGCCAGAACGCGGGCCACUCGUUACCGCUCCACGCCACCUCUGGCCAGGGGGACGAGGUGUCCAGCCCAGCCAAGAGGAAGAGGACGGCCAGCCCAGCAAAGAAUUCUCCGGAUUCCUGGGCAAACAACCCAAUACAACAGCAAGUCCCCAACUGGUACUUGACGCAACCGAAGUUGCAGCUCCUGGAGCAGUUGCGGGCGAACCGCGCGAGCCUGAAGCCGGCCCAGCUGCAGAUGCUGGAGCAGCUGGAGGCUCAGUUCACACUCAUGCAGCAGCACCAGCAGCAGAUGCGACAGAAUGCUGCUGGUCAGAUGCGGCCCUCUCUUCCCAACGGCCCGCUGUCGGACCCCUCGCUGACGGCCGGCCACCCGCACCCCAUCCUGUCUCGCACCCCUUCCUCCUCCUCCUCCUCCUCCUCCGUCCCGGCCGGCCACCUGGCCAACGGGCCCUUCCCCUCCUCCGGCGGGGCCGACGGCGUGUCGUCUGCGGCCAGUAAUCAUGCGGCGGGGGCAGGGGCGGGGCCGGGGCCGGGCAGCAACGGAAACGUGCCUUACCUGCAGCCACACGCGCUACCUCACAACCGCACAACCCCCACCAGCACUGCGGACGAAGCCUGGAAGCACCAACGCGUCAACGCCACUCAGGGGCUUCACAAAGGUCCAGGUUGUCAUUCGGCAGGUCCCAAUGGCGAACAGCAGCCUUUCUCUUCCUCCUCGGGUGUGCUGUCUCCGCAGUCCACCGCCCCCUCCGCCACGCCCAAUCAGGAGUCCCAGGAGCACGCCGGAGUCCCUUCCUCUUCAUCCUCAUCUUCAUCCUCCUCCUCCACCACCCACAAUCACAUGACCACCCCCACCACGUCUCUCCCUCCCCCCACCACAGCCACCGCCACCACCCCGCACUCUGCUACCUCAGGUGGACCGCCGGGCUCGGGCCAGACCAAAGAGGGGGGCACGCCAUCAGGGAACGGGCAUCCGGGCACAGGGCUGACGCCCCAGGGUGGUAGUAACGGCAGCGGCGGCGGCAGCAGUGGGCCCGGCUCGUCAGGGGAGGGACUCUCUAAUCACGUCCCGUCCUCUCAGCAGCAACAGCAGCAGCCGUCCUCAUCCACCACCACUACAGGAGGCUCCUCGCCCCGGCCGGGCGCCUCGCCCACCCCAGACAAUCCUCAGCUCUCUGCCUUGUUAAUGGGAAAAGCCAACAGUAAUAACAGUAAUACGCCCGGCGGCGAGGCCGGCAAGGCCAACCACGUCACGCCGUCGUCAUCGGCCGCGGCGGCGGUGACCGCGUCCACGACGUCGUCGGUCUCGUCGCCGUGCUCGGCCAUGUCCACGUCGUCCACCUCGCCCGGCGGGCCCGGCGCCACGCUCAACGGCCAGGGCCCUGAGCACACGCACAGCAGCAGCCCACGGGGCGGCGCCGCCACGCAGCAGGAGACCACGCGGCCGCUGGCGCACAACAACAACAACAACAAGCCCGCCCUGGCACCCUGGUCCAACGUCUCCAUCUACCCCAGCUCCAGCGAGGUGCUCAAGGCAUGCCGGAACCUUGGUAAGAACGGUCUGUCGAACAGCAGCAUCCUGCUGGACAAGUGUCCCCCUCCCCGAGUACCCUCCGCCCCCUACCCUCCGCUGGCCAAGGAUAAGCUCAACCCCCCCACCCCCAGCAUCUACUUGGAAAAUAAGAGGGACGCGUUCUUCCCACCCCUGCACCAGUUCUGCACCAACCCUGCCAACCCAGUCACGGUCAUCCGGGGUCUGGCAGGAGCACUCAAACUGGACCUUGGUCUGUUCUCCACCAAGACUCUGGUGGAGGCCAACCCGGAGCACCUGGUGGAGGUGCGGACGCAGCUGUCGCAGCCCACAGACGAGAACUGGGACCCCUCGGGCACGCGCAAGAUGUGGCGCUGCGAGAGCAGCCGCUCGCACACCACCAUCGCCAAGUACGCCCAGUACCAGGCCUCCAGCUUCCAGGAGUCGCUACGGGAGGAGAAUGAGAAGAAAGGCCAAAAGGACCACUCGGACACAGAAUCCGCCUCCACAGAGAACAUGGUGAGGAGACGGAAAGGUCCCUUCAAGUACAUCAAGUUUGGGACCAACAUCGACCUGUCAGACGAAAAGAAGUGGAAGACGCAGCUGGCGGAGCUGAGUAAGCUGCCGGCCUUCGCCAGGGUGGUGUCGGCGGGCAACCUGCUGAGCCACGUGGGCCACACCAUCCUGGGCAUGAACACCGUGCAGCUCUACAUGAAGGUGCCCGGCAGCCGCACGCCAGGGCAUCAAGAGAACAACAACUUCUGCUCGGUGAACAUCAACAUCGGCCCUGGGGAUUGCGAAUGGUUUGCAGUACCCGAGCCCUACUGGGGUCUCAUGAACGAGUUCUGUGAAAAGAAUAAUAUAAACUUCCUGAUGGGCUCGUGGUGGCCCAACCUGGAGGACCUUUACGAGGCCAACGUGCCGGUGUACCGCUUCAUCCAGCGGCCGGGGGACUUGGUCUGGCUCAACACGGGCACCGUGCACUGGGUGCAGGCCAUCGGCUGGUGCAACAACAUCGCCUGGAACGUCGGGCCCCUCACUGCAUACAUGUAUAAGCUGGCGGUGGAGCGCUACGAGUGGAACAAGCUGCAGUGUGUCAAGUCCAUCGUCCCCAUGAUCCACCUGUCCUGGAACAUGGCCCGGAACAUCAAAGUGUCCGACCACAAGCUCUUCGAGAUGAUCAAGUACUGCCUGUUCCGGACGCUAAAGCAGUGUCAGACGCUGAAAGAGGCGCUACUGGGAGCUGGGAAGGAGCUGGUGUGGCACGGGAGGACCAAGGACGAGCCUGCACACUACUGCAGCAUAUGCGAGGUGGAGGUGUUUGACCUGCUGUUUGUGACGAGUGAGAGCAACUCCAGGAAGACGUACGUGGUGCACUGCCAGGACUGCGCCCGCAAGGCCAGCGCCAACCUGGACAACUUUGUGGUGCUGGAGCAGUACAGGAUUGAGGACCUCAUGCAGGUCUACGACCAGUUCACAUUAGCACCUCCUCUUCCCUCGCCCUCGUCUUGACAUUAACAUUUUCUGGUUCUGAGGACAAUAGUAACGCCCAGGAACUUUGAAAUGAAGCCGUUUCUGAUAUUCAGGAAAAGUGACCCAGCCCCCACACCACUGGUUUCUGUAGCGGACCUGUAAUGCCACCUUCUACACCUCCCCAAUCUUCGACCUAAACCACCUUUUUUCACCCACCUGUCCACCAACAACCUUGGCCCAGACGUCGUUCCUCCUCUCCACCAUCACCUCCUCCAACCAUGAUCCCUCUCCACCCCCAACCACUACUACUACCACCACCACCACCUCCAUCCCUGGGACAUCGUCUCACCACCACCACCACCACCCCUCGAGGCUGCUGGCUGAGAGAUAACUUGUCUAUGCAACCUGCCAAGAGUGCAGCACCAACCCCAUCAAACUGGGGGUAGAACUUAUUCCCUCCCUCCCUCUCUUUCCUCCUCUUCUCUCGGUCAAUCUUCUUAUUCUGUCACUCUUGCGCGCCCUUCUCUCUCUCUUCCUCGUUCCUACUCUUCUCUCUGUUACCGGUCUCCAGGACUGUUUCUGGCUGGUUCAGCUCAAUUUCUUUGAGGAAAAAAUGAAAGACUUUGAGAAAAAUGGACAAAAAUACUGAAAAUAAAAGUUUUUGUAUAUAUUAUGUCACAACUGGCAACAUCACUCAAAGACUACUGACUUGACCCCCUUUUUCCUUUUUUGUCUUUUUGUUUUCUUCUUUUUUUUAAGUUUUAUUUCAUGUAUGGGCUGAUACAUGAUUUUUUUGUUUGUUUCCUUUCGUAUUGAAUCUCAUUUUCUCUGUGAAAUGAGUACUAGCCUAGCUGGUAUUUUGUAUGGUAGAUAGAAGAUUUAAAGUCUCUUUGGGCAACAAAAAACUACAAAAAAAAAUGUUCAAAAAAAAUUUGUAAUGUGAAAAGUUAGGUGGUAUAAUUUUUUUACAGCAUUUAUGUUCACCUGUCUUAUGUUUUUUGUUUCUUAGGGGAAUAAAAAUGCUAAAAUAAAGAGAAAAAAGAGAACAGCCACGUCACAAAGAACAAUGGGUUGCACAUAGACUAAGAAAUAAACUUUAAUUUGUGAUUUUUGUUUUGUUUCUAAUCUUGUUGUAAAUUUACACUAUUUAUAAAUGCAUAUUUAUUGCUUGAAAGUAUUUGUUGAUGGAAUGCUGUUAUUUUUUUCAGAGUACCUGCCAUUAAAUUUUAAGGAGCAAUGUCCUUUUUGAGCAUUUUCUCCUCUUACGUUUUCUAUAUAUAAAUAAAACUGCUUAGCAAGCGUUGUACAGAAAACCCUCGGUAAGAUUGUUUUAUUGUUUGAAGGAUGUUUUAUGCGUUAUUAAACAAAGUUGUCUUUAUUACUGAAAUCCA